AUGGCCAACUUGUCAGCCCCCAUGGGUGCUGGGACAAACUCGUGCACCUUCCACGAGGAGUUCAAGCAGGUCCUGCUGCCCCUGGUCUACUCGGUGGUGUUCAUGGUGGGGUUACCAUUGAACGCUGUGGUCAUUGGGCAGAUCUGGGUGGCCCGUAAGGUGCUCAGCCGCUCCAUGAUCUACAUGCUGAACCUGGCCAUGGCUGACCUGCUCUACGUCUGCUCCCUCCCGCUCCUCAUCUACAACUACGCCCAAAAGGAUUAUUGGCCUUUUGGAGACUUCACCUGCAAAUUUGUUCGCUUCCAGUUCUACACCAACCUACACGGCAGCAUCCUCUUCCUCACCUGCAUCAGCGUCCAGCGGUACCUGGGCAUCUGUCACCCCUUGGCCUCAUGGCACAAGAAGAAGGGGAAGAAGCUGACAUGGCUGGUGUGCGCCGCGGUGUGGUUCAUCGUCAUUGCCCAGUGCCUGCCCACCUUCGUCUUCGCUUCCACCGGCACCCAGAGGAACCGUACCGUCUGCUAUGACCUGAGCCCACCGGAUCGCUCCGACGCCUACUUCCCCUAUGGCAUCACCCUCACCCAGAAGGACGAGCUGAUCGGCUUGACGGUGCACAAGAGGAAGGACAAAGCCGUGCGUAUGAUCAUCAUCGUGGUCAUCGUCUUCUCCAUCAGUUUCUUCCCCUUCCACCUCACCAAGACCAUCUAUCUGAUCGUCCGUUCCCCACCCGCCCUGCCCUGCCCAGCUCUACAGGCGUUUGCCAUCGCCUACAAGUGCACGCGUCCCUUCGCCAGCAUGAACAGCGUCCUCGACCCCAUCCUCUUCUACUUCACCAAACGCAAGUUCCGCGAGAGCACCCGUUACCUCCUCGACAAGAUGAGCUCCAAGUGGCGGCAUGACCACUGCAUUACCCAUGGCUCCUAG